GACGCGAGCAACUACCACCGUUCUCAGCGACAAUCGCAAGUCUGUUGAUCGAUACGUUAACUUUCUCGUACAACAAAAUAAUCGUUCUCGAGGUCAUUUUCAAGGGCAAAUGAUUAGAAAAAGUCUCUGCUAUUGGAUAAUCGUUCGUAUAUUAUUGAUCGAUCACAAGGGAUACGACUGUCGUUACUUCUUCUUUCUUUUCUUUCUUCCCUAUGUUUGAACUAUUCGAGUCGAACCGUGAAAUCGUAGCGUGAUGACAAGAUUCAGUUUUUCUCCUUUCGAUAUUUAAAUCUCGCGAAAGAUUCGCGAUGCGCGGCCGUGGACGUUGACCGACCGGAAGUGCUAAUAUCCUUCGAGCAAUCGCUACGACGUGACGCUGGCAGCUGUCGAGCUGUGCACGAUUUCGCGUCCGAUUUUAUUUACUACGUGAUCGUUUGCUGAAUCCUCUCUAAUACAUAUCGCGAUACGAGAUACGGUGAACGGGAAGGAGGUGAGGCUAAUUCGCGGUGACAACUCGCAGGAGCGAAAGAGACCGAGAUCGAUCGAGAGCGACUGAAAAGGAGAGAAUGGUUUCCUCGGCGGUCUUCGGGGCAGCCGCCGGUACUGGCCUGGCACUCGUCGUCGCGAUGACGAUAGUGGUCUACCGAUAUUACGCCGGGAAUCGAAAGGGAAAGUACUGGAGCAAUUUGGAUCGUUGGCCGGACCCACCGGGCACAAAGAAGCCAGACGAUCCGCAGCAGUCUCAAGGCAACCUGUCCUCGUCGCAAGUACUCAAUUGUUGGCGGAAACAGCAGAAGAAUUACUACGCCGUGCAGAUCGGGGAAUUUAACGUUGCCAAGGAACAACACGCGGUGCAACCAUGUUCCUCCGUAGUCGUCGAAUCAGUGGGAGGCUUGCCGCAUCAAAGUCGGAGCUACCCGGGCGGCGGCGGCGGCAGCGGUAGCUCGGGAAAUACGGGACGAUUGUUCACGAGGAACUCGUCGGUGAGCUCGCAGAGCUCAUUGGAAGGAGCAUCUGGACCAUCUUCCAGCCAGCCGCGUUGUUCCUCGACUCAGAUGCGAUCGUACGGAGCCGAUGGACGAUACCACCAUUAUCGCGAUCCUCUGCAUACUGCUUCGUCUUAUCCGCCGAGUAAAAGUUCGAGAUCUCCGUCACCUGGCCGCGCGGCAUCGCUGGAUGCACGUUACGGGAGCCCAGUCAGUUGUUCCGGGAGUCCUCUGAGCAGUAAUGCAUCACCCUCUCAGAGCUCACUGUCGUCCCUGGCAACAGGUGUGAGUUCUUCCUGUGGUGGUUCCACGAUAAGCGUUACUCACGGAAUUUCCAGAUCAGCUGGCCGAAGUCUCUCCCCCCUUCUUAUUCCACCGUCGCGCAUUCCCGGAAGCGAGAGUGGACCACUUCCGCCAGCCUCACCGUUGGGUUCUAUUCAACCUGAUCUCUAUCAACGAAGGGACGGUCCAAUUUAUCUCAAGACUAACGGGAACGGAAAGAGUUUAGGUCGACUGCAUUUGCGAUUCAAAUACGACUUCGAUCGGUCGGAUUUGCAUGUACACCUGAUCGAGGCGCAUGAUCUUGCUGGAAGUGAUCAAGGAGGAUUCAACGAUCCUUACGUGAAGUUGACGCUCAGCCCCGAGGUGGAUAUGAGAAAACGGCAGACUCAGAUACACCGUAACGAGGUGAACCCGUUCUUCGACCAGCAGUUCAAAUUUCCUGUCAGCAUCGAUGAACUCCAGGACAGGAUUUUAGUUUUACAGGUGCUCGACUACGAUCGUUUCUCCAGGAACGAUGUAGUAGGUUCGGUAAAGGUUCCGUUGCACAUUUUGCGAUUAGACUCUCCCACCUCGACUGAAGAGGUUUGGGGAGAGAUCGAACGAGAGCGGAAGCCUCCGGAACAAAUCCAGGAAGUUCUACUGUCGUUGUCCUAUCUGCCGAGCGCCGAGCGAUUAACCGUUCUGAUUCUGAAGGCGAGGAAUUUGUUUCCGCCACAGAAAGAGAAAGAAACCUUAGAUCCCUACGUGAAAGUAAAUCUCCUUUGCGGCGAGAAGAAGGUGAAGAAGAAGAGAACCGCUAUAAGGAAAGCGACGACUAGCCCUGUCUGGAACGAGGCGAUGUCAUUCAAUAUUCCUGCCAGUUCACUUGCGUCAUCAGCCAUUGAGGUAUGCGUGAUGGACUCAACGAACGAUUUUAUCGGUGGGCGAGAGAUCAUCGGUUGCUGUAUCGUGGGUCCCGCAACGGGAGCAGGGCUCGAUGGAAGCGGAAGCCAAGGAAGGGAACACUGGCUUCACAUGACGCAAUCGCCGCGAAAAACCAUCGCCAUGUGGCAUACGUUACAUUAAACAGAAAGAAAUUUAUUCGUUUCGUCGAUGUUUCGUUCAUUGUGUACCAUUUCCCGAGGAAAUUUCGUGGCCACACGCUCUCUUUUCUGUCUCGUUGGAUCGAACGAAAGGGGAGAAAAUACAAUCAAAGAGCGUAGGAUAAAUAAUUGGUAAAUGGUAUACGUAUCUAAACAACAGUAACAGUGUUAUACAUACAUAUAUGUGAAAAUCGCUUUAUGGAUGUACUUUGAAAUAAGUAACGAACGAGUAAACCGCGGAAGGAAAUGUAUCUAAGCCCUCGUAAACCUAUCCAUGUUCCGCUGCACCAGAUUUUUCGUAAGUUUGCCGCGACUUUCGAUCCGGAUGAUUUGAGUAAAGGCCGCAGGGGAUUUGACUGCGAGGUAACCAGCAGGGGCUCGUUUAUUUGUUAAGCAGAGAAUCGCGUUGGAAUAAUCGGAAAAAUAUUCUGAACCAGGAGGGGGAAGAGGAAGAUUUAUGCACGAAGGAGGAGACAAUCGUUCCAUUUAUACAUACAGUACUACUAACUAUAAACACACAAACGCAUACAAACACAUAUGUUGUAUUUAUAUAAUUUGUUUCUACUGUUGGCCAAGUGUAUUUUACACGAUUACGGAGAUCAUUGUCCCAUUCACAGUAACGAAUACGCGCGGUAACAAUAGUUACGCUUCAAUUGAUAAGAAGUCGAUCACGAAUUUGCGUUACCAGUAGUAAAGGAAUUAGAAUUAUUUCCUCGAAGUAAUGUUCAUGUAAACGCGAUGAUUCGAGCUAUGUGUAAGUACAGCGACGUAGAUCAGAAUGGAAGGUAGGUUCUUCUAAACCCGACGUGUGAUUUUCAUUAUUAUAGCCGGAGACCACUAGAGGAACGAAGUAUAUAGGUAUACAUAUGCACUUCUUAGGCCUAAGAUUGUACUAUGCAACAAAACUUACCUCAAGCAAGCUGCAUAAGCAGCGCGUUUACGCGCCCUGCAUAAUACAUAGUUUACAAUCGAACUGACAAGAGCCUAAAUAAAAUGAAAACGAUUCUCCUCCGAUAACAUACAAUCUAAUCGCGUUAUCGUUGUUCACGUCGUAAUUUACUCACGAGUACGUAAGCAGCAACAGAAAAUGCAAAAAGAUGAGGAUCACGCCGUUCUAUUAUCGAGCUCGUGCGAGAUCCGCGGAGUCUUACAAUUAAACUAAUAUCCGGCUGCGCGAGAACAUUUCCAAGUGAAUAAAAUGAUAUAUCACACAAAUCUUCCGACACGACUGAGGACAGAAUACUUACGCACUUUUCAAUUUUUUACGUUCCCGUUUUCGUACUUUCGCCAGAGACCUGAACUUGGGGACUUAAUAAAUUCCAUGAAGACAUGAUGAAGUCUGAUUUAUACGAAAGAUACAUAACGAAGAAGCUGAUACUGAGUAUAUAAAAGGAUGGUGAAUUUUUCCGACCAAAGUUUAUCAUAUCAUGUAUAACUGAUAAUUUUUACGUAAUUCCUGAGCUUAGAUCUAUUUAUUGUUAAUUUAAGAGAGUUCGAUUAAGGAACCUGCCGUACUUAUAAAUAUUUUAGGAUCGUACGCGUGUUGCAGCGACCUAAUGUGUUUCUGAUCUGUUGGUUGUUAUCUGGAAACGAUUAAAAGAGACGUUAUCUGGUGGAAAAAAAGAGUAUGUGAAUUAAAUGUUGAUCGUCGUUAAGUACGUCAUAAACAAUUAUAAAUAUAUGAUAUACGUAUACUUAAUAUAAUGAUAUACGGCUACGUGAGACAUGACUGUAUAAUUGGAGGAUUAACUAAAAUGGUUUGUUGGGCAAGAAGCGCUUAAAUUCACAAGCGUUGUCCGAAUCGUACGCUUAACUUAUACUUGACAGUAUUUCUAUUAUAUUCCGUGUACCAUAAAUGGUAUUAUGGCGUGGUAUUUAUAUUAAAAAGAGAGAACGACGUAUAUAUACACAUACGUAUACACUACGUUAUAUCCUUACAUAUAAAUAUGUUCUUAUAUGUAUUAUGUAUACCGUCAUAAAUAGGUAAUAAAACGAUCAUCUUGGGUGUCUAAUACAGGCUUUCGUAACAGCUGUGACAACUUGUGUGUUACGAUAACUUUGUGUCCCCCACAUUUAUACCAUAAAUAACGAGAGAAACGCAUUUACGAUGUCUUUCUAUUUCUGUCAUACGAGUUUUCAUCUUUCAAAACUAAUCCCGCGCAUCGAUUAAGCUUCAGCUCGUUCGAUUACAUUUUACUAUUUACACACACCCUAUUGUUGGACCUGAAUUUGCCUUGCACUGUUAAAGGAGUGGGCAGCUCGUUCUCUUGAAUCUUAAAAGUACCUCGAGAGCGGAGUAUCUAUAGGAUAAAUUUUAUUUUAACAUUUCACGCGUUCACAGACCGAGUUUGUACAUCACAUGAGCUGUUACUAUUAUUUACGAUUUACCAAAAUUUAAAUAACAUUUCGUUCGUCAGUCUCGAAUAAUUGCAUUUAAUUUAAAGCUUUCAUCCGUCCCUCAAGUCUGUUAGAUAAAGAAAUAGAUUUAAGGGUUGAUUUGUUCUGUGCUUGGCUCAUAAAUUUUCCGUUCUCUGACAUUCAUUCGUAUUUUCUCGUCUCUGAUAAUUUUAGUAUUAUUCGUAAACCCUAGUAGUCUCGAAUUUGUUCAAGAGAGACAAAGUUGCUCGUUCCUCUACUAUUACAUAUGUGAUUGAACUUACAAAUGAUCGCACUUGCGAUCCUUAAUGAUCGAGUCGUUCGACGUGAUACUAUGAAGAAUAAAAAAACGAUGGAAAUGAAGUUUAUAAUUUUAUCAGACGAAAAAUAAAGAAGGCAGAGAAGAACUUUCUAAUUAGCUGAUUUUCUAAACAUUUCGAAUAUGUCUCUUAUCGUAUUUACAUAUACAUACAUCGUAAGGAGUGUGCAAUGUGUCCUAAAUGUUAAGUGUAAUCGAUAUUUUCUUGCAAUGUAUCCACAAAAUUCGAUUUGAAAAUAAAGAAUUACUUAUUUCCGUCAAA